CCCUGCCCUGCAGCGCGCGCCGUACAUCGAUCAUAUCCCUAGCGCUUAUAGCUUACAUCUCCCAUGGCGCCCUCCCUAUAAAUUGAGGUGUCCUCUCCUGUCCUUCUCCUUCAGUCUAAGUACACACCCAACACACCCACUUAACCUUGUAACCACAUUAGUCUCUCGGCCAGUAAGUUCCAAGCUAGCUAGCUCUUGGUACUAAUUAAGCUGCAAGUUCUAGCUAGCUAGGCAUAUGGGAGGGAAGUCGGCCUUCUCCUUCUUCUGCCCGAUGUUCAGCUUCCUGUCGAGGUCGAGCUCAUCGAGGAGGUACGACGAAGACGGCGACUACACGAGCGACUGGGAGUACAACCGGCCGGCGAGGUACGGGAGCAAGGUGCGGUCCAGCGACGAGGACUACGGCUGGUGGGUCGGCGAGCGCGACGUCGACCGCAAGGCCGCUGACUACAUCAACGACUUCCACCAGAGGAAGCAGCAGGUCUCCGCCUAGCUAGCUAGCUAUAUAUGACGAUCGAUACAGAUCCAGGCCACCGAAGCUUCAUUCUUCUUGUUAAUCUUCUGCCAUCAUGCAUGUUGUUAUAUACGGUACUAUGUUGUGUUGAUUUAAUUAUAGGGAGAAUAAUUGGUGCUCUGGGAGGACGAUCCAGCUAGCUGAUAGCUAGCUAGAUCUCUCCACGCAUGCAUGCAUGUAGUGUGUGGGUAAUUAGAUGCAUGGAUGGAUGUCUCACAGAUGUAUUUGUUGUUGUCACCCAAGGGUUCGAUGAUGAAUGUACGUAUGACGUGUUUCCCUUCCA